UUCGGCGGGAAGGCGGAAGCGGCGCUCACAGUGUCGGCGGCCAUGGCGGCGGAGGCGCGGCCGCUGCGGCUGCUGGCGCUGCACGGGUACCGGCAGAGCGCCCGCCGCCUCCACCAGCGCACCGGCGCGCUCCGCAAGGCCCUGCGCGGCCGCGCAGAGCUGCUUCCCAUCGACGCUCCGCACCCCGUGUCCUCCGCCACCGCCCAGGACGACCCCGACGGGGACGACCCGCCCCGCGGCUGGUGGUUCUCGGGGCCCGGCACGUUCGAGGCGGGCGAGGUGGCGGCGGCGCCGGAGGGGCUGGAGGAGUCUCUGUUGGUCGUGGCGGCGGCGCUGGCGGAGCAGGGACCGUUCGACGGGCUGCUGGGGUUCAGCCAGGGCGCGGCGCUGGCCGCCAUGGUGUGCGCGCUGCGGGCCCGCGGCGACCCGCGCUUCCCCGUGGCCUUCGCCGUGCUGGUGGCCGGGUUCGCCAGCCGCGCCCCGGCGCACGGGCACUUCUACCGCGACCCCAUCGCCCUCCCCACGCUGCACGUCGUGGGGGACACGGACGCCGUGAUCGCGGCCCCGCUCAGCAUGGAGCUGGCCCGAUGCUUCGUGGAGCCGGUGGUGCUCGCCCACCCUGGCGGACACUUCAUCCCCGCGGCUGCGGCGCAGAAGAAAGCCUACCUGGAAUUCUUGGAACGCUUCCGGCCCGGGCAGGGGCAGGCCGAGCCCCCAGGGGUAGGGGAGGUUUCAGAACGGUCUGUGUAAUAAAGGGGGCUCUGGUGAGCCAUUUGUAGACACCCACGACUGUUUCGGUGCCCCCAGUCAUCAGCAGCUCCCUACACCACUGUGCUCUGCAGUGUUCACCCAGGGCCCAGCUAAAUGGUUCUUUAUCUCCCUUUUUAUUUCAGCUUUGUUGUAUACAUGAGUAUAUAAUAUAUAAAUAACAUAUAAUCAUAUAUGUAUAUAAAAUUAUAUACAUAUAUAUGUAUAUGACAUAGUAUGAGAUGUAGUGUGACUCUGGGGGGAUUGAGGGCAGAAGGGUGACACUGCUCUGUGUGUGAAGUGCUUCCAGAGACUCAAGUCGCUGCUCAAAAUCAGAGUCCCUCAGCUCAACCACAGGAAGUGUCUGUAGGUCACAGAGCUCCUGCAGCUGUUACCCCCAAAGAUUUGCGGGUUUUAAUAUCUAUUAAGCCAAGCUUCCAGCUGGUCUGGAUCUGGAAAACCUUCUCACCCCUGGCUGGUGUUUGUUUCGAGAGUGAAGUGUCUGCUGGUUCAGUACAUGUGUUGAAUCUUCCCUGUACAAAGUGCCUCCAUGAACAAGAAAAACUUGUCACUCCAUUUCUGGCUCUGAUAAUAUUUUCCAGAAGCACAUGGGAACCUUUAUUGCUGCUACAGGUGAAGGUGCCCUGCUUGGCUGCUGCCCAGUGCAGUGCUGGAGCAGGCUGGGCACCAGCGUCAGGCCAGGGCUGUGCUUCGAGGUCUUCUCUAGCCACAGCUUUCCUUAGGGGUUUAUGGUUGGCAAAAGAGAAAUCAGGUGUAAAUUCUUCAUUUUCCCCCUGCCUGAGCAGCAGGGCAGCGCAGUGUCAUCCAUGCAAGGGCCAGAGGACAACAGGAGCAGGCAGAGGGGCAGGGGCUGAAGCCCUUCCCAUGUUCCCUCAGCUGGGAACAGGCCUGGGAGCUGCCACAGGUUAAACCAACGCGGCAGAAAUGAGUGGUUCUCAGCCCUGGGAGGUUUUUACCUUUUGGUUUGUUGCUGGUUACUCAGCAGCACAAUGGUGGUGGUGUCAGGAAGAUGAGGCAGUUUCUCUGCAGCCCAGCCCCAGGCUGGUGUCCUGGGGGUGUUGUGGGGGGAGUUUGGGCAGUGGUGGCCGGCUUGGCCACUUCGGCUGGGCUGUAUCACAGCUCGUUUUAAGGUGUGGGGUGUCUGCACUCCUUGGUGACCACAUCGGGGAGGCUGUUUUUGGGGGGGGGGCUGCAGCAGCAGCAGCUCCGGCCGAACCCGGCGACCAGCUGCGACAAAGCAGCGGCGCUUUUGUCUCUGCUCUGCCCCCUCAGUCCUGGGCAGCCGUGGAGGGACGCGCUCGUCAAGCCCGCCGGUAGCUCUUUAAUUACCGCCGAGCUCCGGCCCCGCGGCGAUCGCUCGGCACGGCGGAGGAACCGCAGCCAUGGCCGCCCGCCCGCACUGCGGCCCCGCACCGCCGACCCCCGGUAGCUCCCGGGCACAGGGAGGCACUUGGCAGCUCGCUGGCGGCGGGAUGGGGAAGGAGCCCAGGGUGCGGUGAGUGAGCAGCACGGUGCGGGCUCUGCGGGCGGCUCCCUCGGGUGGGCUGGGGAGGGAGGGGUGACCCGAGCUGGGGUGCUGCAGUACCUGCCUCUCUCUUCCCAGGGUCUGCUUAAAGAUGGCUCCUGCCGGUUGGCUCCUGUACCGGGUUAAAAUAAACUAAUAAAAAGAGAGAAACGCGA